GGGUGGAUGGACCUCCCUCCUCUCCUCUUUUUUCUGUCAUAUACUCACUCGCUUUUCCUCGACUCUUGCUCCUGUACUUUCUGAAAGACAGACGGCCCAACAGGGUAACAUUGAGCGAGAGCCUGUGCUGUCAGCAUUAGAUGCAAAUCAGAAGCUGUUGCGUAACAGAAUGCCAGCUCAUCUUGGGGCACGUUGAAGCAAUGUCCACACCCAAUUUUGGAAUUGUGAGGUGGAAGUAACACUAUUUGGGAUAAGGACAUAAAACAAAACGAACUGAAAACCUGCAAAGACUUUGGGUGUCUGGGCCAGAAUGGAAACUGUAGCGGGAUGCUGUAGCUUCAAUCAUGUCGUUGACCUUCACCUGCUGUAACUGUUGCUGAGAACCUUAACUUUUCAUUGUGUUUGUAUUGCAGCCCUUGCAGAAGUCAAGUGUUAAGCAUGUCACUGACAUCAGAAACAAGAGGUUUCUCGUGGAACCUGAAGAAGGUAGCAUCAGACAUGAGCCAACUCAUGGAGAAUCUGGAUACCAGAGAACUUGACGUAGAGGGGGAGGAGGUCGAUUUUUCAAAUGCAGACCCUGACGCAAUAGAUGGGCAUCCAUUCAGUGCAAUAUAUCAAACAAAAGCAUUUAAGGACCCAAAUACCAAAGUCUUUCUUGCUGGAGUUCCAAUCACAGCUAAAGUUCUGGAAGCAGAACGUUUUACCUCAGGAUCUCAUGACCGGUUUAAAUUGAAACUACAGAGAAACACAACAAAGACCCCACAGUCAACUGUCUUCACAAUUGAACUGAAGCAUGGCAGGUUUAUGUGGCAGGUGAAAAGGAAGGAGAAGCACUUUCACGAGCUUCACCGGGAGCUGGUUACGUAUAAAACUUUAAUGAGAAUCCCCAUCCCAACAAGAAGCCACACUGUACGAAGACAAACAAUUAAAAGAGAAGAAGCAAGGCAAAUGCCUAGCCUACCCCGAGGAGGUGACCACCUGGUUAGAGAAGAACAGGUCUCGAGUCGAAGGAAACAGCUUGAAGACUACUUGAAUAAGCUUUUAAAAACAACAAUGUAUAAAACCUACCAUGCAACAAUGGAAUUCAUUGAUAUUAGUCAGAUGUCCUUUAUUCAAGAACUGGGACCAAAAGGCUUAGAGGGUAUGGUAAUGAAAAGAUCUGGAGGUCAUAGGAUACCAGGCCUGAAUUGCUGUGGUCAGAGACAAAUUUGCUAUCGCUGGUCUAAAAGGUGGUUAGUUGUAAAAGACUCUUUUGUGAUGUAUUUAAAACCGGACUCAGGAGCCAUUUCAUUUGUCCUGCUUGUGGAUAAAGAGUUUAAUAUCAAGAUGGGCACCAAAGACACUGAAACAAAGCAUGGACUUCGAAUUGACACACUGUCUAGGACAUUAAUUCUGAAGUGUUCCAGCUAUCGACAUGCCAGGUGGUGGGGUGGAGCAAUUGAAAGUUUUGUUCAAAUGCAUGGAAAAGCCUUUCUGCAAGAUCACAGAUUUGGGUCAUUUGCAGCUGAUCAGAAGAAUACCUUGGCAAAAUGGUAUGUCAAUGGAAAGGGAUACAUGGAAGAUGUGGCAAAUGCACUUGAGGAAGCAAAAGAAGAAAUAUUCAUCACCGAUUGGUGGCUCAGUCCAGAAAUUUUUCUCAAGAGGCCAGUAGUGGAAGGAAAUUAUUGGAGGUUAGACUACAUUCUUAAGCGCAAAGCACAACAAGGUGUUAAAAUAUUUGUCAUGCUUUAUAAAGAGGUGGAGCUGGCAUUGGGGAUCAAUAGUGAGUACACAAAAAGAACACUGAUGCGUCUGAAUCCUAACAUUAAGGUGAUGAGACAUCCUGACCAUGUCUCUUCCACUGUGUAUCUGUGGGCUCAUCAUGAAAAGCUGGUAGUCAUUGACCAGUCUGUUGCAUUUGUUGGAGGAAUUGAUUUGGCAUAUGGGAGAUGGGAUGACAGAGAGCAUCGUCUGACAGAUGUUGGAAGUGUUAAACGAAUCCUGCCAACACUUAACAGUCAGCCAACCGAUGAAGAUGAAGAAAACCAAAGCCCAGAAGAAGUCAGUCCUGAAGAGAGCCUGCCACACGCCAAUGGUAGCAGUGAGAAAAACAAAGAUACUGUGGACAUGCCCAGACUGAAAGGAGUUGGAAAGACAAGGAGACAUCGAGCCUUUAGCCUGUAUAAGCAGCUUCAUAAACAUCACCUUCAUCAUGCAGAUAGCGUUAGCAGCAUAGAGAGCAGUGAAGAAAGUUGGUAUCAGCAUCGUAAGAGUCAUCCAAAUUUAAUAUCCAGCAUUAAGCCCCAGCUGAAGAUUUUUCAUCAUGAAUCUGAGCAAAGUCUUUGUCGAUCAGAGGCUGAAACAGGAUCAAUGAGAAGCCUGCAGACAGGUGUGGGAGAGCUGCAAGGAGACACUCGGUUCUGGCAUGGAAAGGACUACUGCAACUUUGUUUUUAAAGACUGGAUCCAACUGGACAAACCUUUUGAUGAUUUUAUCGACAGAUACAAAACACCACGAAUGCCCUGGCAUGACAUUGCAUCAGUGGUACAUGGGAAAGCAGCUCGAGACGUGGCAAGGCAUUUCAUCCAGCGCUGGAACUUCACUAAGAUCAUGAAGCCCAAGUACAGGUCGUUGUCUUAUCCAUUCCUGUUACCAAAAUCCCACAUAACAGCAAAUGAUUUGAAGUAUAAGGUGCCAGGCUCCAUUAUGACCAAAGUACAGGUGUUGCGAUCUGCUGCAGAUUGGUCAGCAGGUAUCAAAUACCAUGAAGAAUCCAUCCACAAUGCCUACAUUCAUGUGAUUAAGAACAGUGAGCAUUUUAUCUACAUUGAGAAUCAAUUUUUCAUAAGCUGUGCGGAUCAAAAAUAUGUUUUCAAUAAGGUUGGAGACACCAUUGCAGAGCGAAUCCUGAAAGCAUACAGAGAAAAUAAGAAGUACCGUGUUUAUAUUGUAACACCAUUGUUACCGGGGUUUGAAGGCGACAUUUCAACUGGAGGAGGAACUUCUAUCCAGGCUGUCAUGCACUUCAAUUACCGGACAAUGAUCAAGGGAGAAAACUCUAUUAUUUCACAACUGAAGGCUGAAAUGGGAGACAAGUGGAUCAAUUACAUCUCAUUUUGUGGCCUAAGAACUUUUGCUGAACUGGAGGGGAGACUGGUCACAGAGUUAAUCUACGUCCACAGCAAGAUGCUGAUAGCUGACGACAACACCGUCAUCAUUGGUUCAGCCAAUAUUAAUGACAGAAGCAUGCUGGGAAAACGGGACAGUGAGAUGGCUGUACUUAUUGAGGACACCCAGAAAGUUCCUUCAAUCAUGGAUGGAGAGGAGUAUCUUGCCGGAAAAUUGGCUCUCGAGCUGCGGCUGGAGUGCUUUAAGCUCAUUCUGGGGGGCUUCACUGAUCCUAGCAUAGACGUGACUGAUCCUAUAAGUGAUCGCUUCUUCAAGGAGGUGUGGGUUGCCACAGCUGCUCGCAAUGCAACUAUUUUUGAAAAGGUUUUUCGUUGCCUGCCCUCUGAUCAGGUGCGAAAUAAUGAUGAACUUCGAGACUUUAUAACAAAAGUAGGCUUGGGAAAGGAAGAUCCUGCAAAGGCUUUGGAAGAACUGAAAAAGAUUAGAGGAUUUUUGGUGCAGUUUCCACUGUACUUUCUUUCUGAGCAGAACCUACUGCCACCUGUUGGGACAAAGGAGUCAAUGGUUCCUAUGGAGACCUGGACCUAGAAGAGAUGCAUUUGCUUUAUGAACUAGGAAAAGCCUAGAAAACAUAAAAUUGCACCAAGUUCACUAGCAAGCCAAAUUCUACCAGCAGGAACUUUCAGGCUGCUAAAACAGCUUAGACCUGAUUUUACACACAAACAAAACAAGAAACUAUAAGAACUGAGCACUUGUUACUUUUGUAUUGCCUGAUCCUCUGGCUAUAUGGAAAAGUAAUUUCUGUGGAAUGUAUAUUUUAUUUUGUUUUGAUUUAACUGUAAAAACAGUGCCCAUUCUUUACUGUUUGAUCUACAUACUAUAGGACAUGCAGAUGAUCUAGGAAAUUUAAUCCGUAAUUGGAACUGGGAAAAUGAAGUAAGUGAAUGGUUUACAAUUAAGAUGACAUACUCAAAUGAGUACUAUUUUAAAUUGUUCAGUGAAUAUGAUGAAAAAAAUUUCCAGUGAUGCACGAGAAGAAAUCUGCAGUACAUGCUGCCAUUGUUUUUACCUGUGCUCACAGAUACACUUAAUCAAUGUAAAUGACCAUUAAGUAGACACUUGUGCAGAGGACAUAGCAUUGAUAUUCAGUUCUCUUUAGUUCUUAAAAUUUUAAAUAACUCUGUGUUACUUUUGAUGCAAACUGCCUUAUUUUCUAAUAUUGAUGUGUCGUUGUGGAAGUCAAUUAAGACAGGGAAAUGUUUAUCUAAAUGUAUCGUGAAGAUUCCCCCAGUCAUUUUCUUACCUGCUUUAGGUAGUUCCUGGAGCAUUAGAAGCUAGAAGUGCUCCUUUAUCUAGUGUCCUAUAUGUAGACUAUAUGCAGUGGGAAGUUAUUUAUAAGCUAUCAGUAGUGAAGAAUUAAGCAUUUGAGGAUGUGAUAACUUUCCAAGCAUCCAUUUCCUGAACCCCAUUAUCCCAACACAGGGUUCUGAAUUAACACUAGACUGGUCGCCAGUCCAUCCCAGGGCAAAUUCAUGAAGAGAUCUGUUUGGUAUACACUGCCCCAAUUAAAAUACACCAGUCAAACUCUCACAUGAGAGAAGAAAUCAGGGGGAACACAUCUGGACAACUGGAGAAAGUGUAGACUCCAGGACAAUUUAGAGUCAAUGAUCAUCCCAAUAUGCAUGUUGAUGGGAUCUGGGAGGAAACCCGAGUAGCAGGAGAAUACCCAAAUGGACAGAGCUGAUAAGGACAGGGCCAAGUUUCACACUCGGAUUCCUGGAGUGAUGAGACAGCAGCACUGUGAACUAAUUCAAUGUGCUUUAGGUUUUUUCUGCUGCUGGCGUAAGAGAAACGUCACUGUGGGUUACUGUCUUGAAUAUUUCUGUAUGGUACAUAUAAGAUGCUGGGAGUUUUUUUUAAAUUACAAUGGUUAGAGGUAUUUUCUCUGUUCAUCUUUGCACUUUGUAUUGAAGAAAAAAAACAGUAAUGCACAAUGUUUCUUUGUACACUGUAUUUUUACUGUCUUGAAGUGACUUAGGGUUUUUGAUAUUUAUCAUCUUUUAAAGUUUGUCAUGAUGUGAUUCGUCUAAGACAUCGCCACACACUUAAUUGUGUUAAUCUUGGAAAACCUCCUUCUGCUACACUUGGUAUGCCUUUUUAAACACUCAUACUGUGUCAGUUUGUCACAUUGUAAUCAAUAUUUUCAUCCAGUCAUUCGUACAUGUCAGUUCAAUUUUUCAGUGUAGAAGUUAAUUAAUGUGAACAUCUGUAUUCUAACAUAAAUACUAAUCUACCUUACUAAAAGUGUUUGUAUCUCUAAUGACUAGCAACAUGCAAGUUCACACACAUUUCACGUCACAAAAAAAUCAAACAGUGGAAUGCUGGUGCCAGGUCUGCCUCAACUGGCAUCAGAUCAUUGUGAAGCCCACUGGCAUUGUCAUCUUCUCACAAAAUAGAGAUGUAUACUUUCAAAUGCUAAGCAAACCAAGAGCCUCGGAACUACCUACUUUUCAACAAAAUCUUUUGGCUGUGGACCGCCUAAACUGAAAUAUCAAAGUUUAGAAUUGAGAUGAAAAGUUCAAAUCACAAUAAUAUAGAAGCAACGUGCAGAUUACACACACUACAUGCUGCACAUCCAGUAGCAUUGCUGAAUUCUGUGUGGCCUGGUGUUUUUCUGCCUCUUGUUCUUUCUGUACCAGAAUUCUAACAUUUUAAAACAGGAGCAUAAAUCCUGCUUGCUUCUUUUCUAUGAACUGGAAGAAGCACACACAGGCAUCCUUGGUUGCUUUUUCAAAUUUAGAAAGGUCCUUUUCAGUGGUGGAUGAAAAUCAAUGUGCAGCAUAAUAUCUUGUGCUCCAUACGUUCCUCCUUUUCAAAUUACUGUUGCUACCUUUAAGUGAGCAAAUGGCUCUGGAUUUCCUGUAUCUCUUCUCUAGCAUGUGUUUCAUGCACAUGACUGGGAAAAGCUUGAACUGGUAGUACUAAAGUGAUAAUAACCAACAACAGAGGAUAAUGCUCAUUUUAAUAUGGGUGAUGACAAUAAGGCCGGAUUACUAAACUGGAAAGUUCAGGAUGAACAUACACACACACACGUGCCGCAUGGAGAACACUGCAGGGCCAAUAGAGCUAGCCCCUAAGCCAGAAACAGGCUUGCCGUACCCACUACAAAGGUGAUUUCACAUGGUACAAGGAGUAAUGUUUGACCAAAUAAAUAAUUCUUAGAGCAUGUAAUAGAAAAUAGAAAAAAAUAUUAAAGAGGGUUGUUAUAAUUUUGAUUAAGUUAAAUUACGGUGGAAAGAUUUUGACGCAUUUUACACAACGUCUGGUGAGGCUUUGCUUCACUGUCUCUUAAUGCACUGAUCAAUUAUCACAUUCAUCGAUUUCUUGGUUGUGUUGUGGGGGCCCAGAGUACGCAUUAAUAUCCACUUAUAUUUUCACAUAAAUCACUGUGAACAUGAUCAGCAAGGUCCAAACGUUCAUCAGUUCUCCAAGCAGUGUACAUACAUUUAGAAUGGUGACAAUAGCAUUCCACAAGUAUCUUUGUACUUUUUGUAUUGGAAGAGCUGAAUGCGGCCACACGUCUCAUUCCCAUAACACUUCAACGGGGAGCCAAAAUUUUAAAAAAUGUGCACAAUUAUUCAGUAAAGUCAAAAACCAAAUUAUUCAAUCCUGAAACUUCUCAUAAAACUUGCACAUUAUAACUUGUUGGUUCUCUACUGUGUACACAAAGUUGCACUGGAUGUGGAGAUCAAAAUGUGCAUGUCCUGAUGUAGGUGGGACCAGCUAUGGUACAUUUGCUCAGACAUCCAUCCAUCUUUCAAAACAGGGUUUCCGGAACCUCAGCAGCAUCUGGCGUCACACAAACACACACACUAAUUCAUAUUUGGCCAAUUUAAAGUUGCAGUUAAGAUAGAACAGAUUCAGUUUUGUGUUUGCAGUGAUAAAUAAAUAAACGACUUUAUACUUUUGUAUUUUUUUUUUGUAUUACAGGUGGUAUUUUAUAGCCAUCUUUACAUUUGUCAAAUUAUACAUGUUUUUAUGAUCUGUUUCGACAGGGUAUUUUGUGAGUAUGUCCUUCUUGCUCACAGCAUUGUUGGAGAAUGUCUAGUUUUGAUUUCUCUUCCCUUAUCUCAUAGUUUAGCCUGGAACUGACCAUACUUGCUCUUGCUGGUUCUCAGCUGACACAAGACAUGAAGCACUAACACAUGUCGGUAGAUUUUUCUUGUGGAGUGUAUUCCUUCACCUUCCUUGUGGUGGUCUAGGUCCUAUCUACAGUAUAUGCACUUCUAUUUUUAUUAUCAUUCUUAUUAUUGUUAUUCUUUUCAGUAUUUAGCAAAGGACUUAACAAUGCAAUGUAGGAUAGGAGAACAAAACAGGGAUGGAGAUAGGUCUCCGGAAUUGAUAAAGUUUGGUUAGUAGACAUGGUGUGCAAAGACCCAUUCAAAAAAUGAGAAUUCAUCAGCAUACUGAAAACAAAUGUUUUUUUUUUUCAUGUAAACUCACAAAUUUAUAAUUAUGCUUUAUUUGCCAGUUGUUGUUUUUUUUUAAUCAGCUCAACUGUUUUAAGCAGAGUUUACUACAAUAUAUUGAGUAAUUGUAACUGAAUCAAAAAAUACAUUUUGGGAUUUCAUUUUUUUAUGUCACAUUUUUCCACCUAAAUAAGUAAAUUCUAAUGAAUUCUAAUUUUAACAUGAUGAAAUUAGUUAAUUCACACAUAGGUUGUUUCAGUAAUGCUAAAAAAUAAAUUAAUAAAAGUAAUCUUUAAAUCA